UAGCAUGGCGUAUCGAUGUUACCUCGACCACGACUGCAUUGGAAUCAAUUGAAAUGUUUGUUUAGAAGAAACGGAAGGGACGAAAAAGAUGUUGGAUUGCUAAAUAAAUAUCUCCAUUUACCUGAAUGAUGGAGGACAUCGAGUCUGAAGAAUCUGUGAAAGCCCCGGGUUUCAGAGAGGAUUGCCUCAGACUCUUGGAGAAGUUUGAGGAGAAUGAAGACUGCAGUUUCGAGCGAUUCUCUGAGCUCUGGAGGAUGAUGAAGUUUACAAACGUUUAUUGGAAUCGGGUGAGUGAAGCAGAGAUGCUGCAAUUCUGCAAAGAAGCCCUGGACAUAGCCAAGGAAUUCAUUUCUCCCAGCUGUAGUAUCACACGUAAGAUCGGGGGUAUUUUCCUCCUUUACGGUCUUUACUUCAAGUGCCCGAUGAAGGGCCUUAAAAUUAGAAAGACAAAAACACAGUGGGAGAAUCUCCUGCAGCUCCGGGAUGACCUCUUCAGCAGGCAAAAAAUGGAGGCGGUGUAUAUUCUGAAUAAACUUAUUGAAUCACAUGCUUUUGCCUUCUGCAUCAGAAAUCAUGAGAACGGUCUAGAGAACCACUGUGCCUUGAAAGAUGUAACGAUGAAGACAUUGGAGUCUUCUCACAGCAAACCAACUGAAAUCCUCUCGUCUCUGACCGAAAUUUCCAGUAUCAGUGAGGCCUACGUUCAGCUUAAAUCAAAAUUGCUCGGCAACUCCACUGGAAAUGUUCCCAAAUUGUACAAUGGCCUGGAAAUUAAAAAACUAUUAAAAGACAUCGAUAAAAUUAACGACGUUGGUUCGAGAAGAUCUAGAGGAACAUCCAAUGACAAUGAGGAUUUAAUAAAUGAUUCGUCAUCGACUGGAUCUGAAGACACUGACGAGGACUUCGACCCGGACCCUGUAUAACUCUUUUUUUUAUUGUAAUUCAUUAAGAAUAAUUCAUUUGUAAAUGUCUUUUAUAAAUUUUGUUAGAAAAAUAACGUAGUACUCUGAGAUUUGUAUAAUCGUAAACACCACUUGGAUCUGU